AGAAGCGUCAUUGACUUUGGCGAAAUAGGAAGUCGUAGAUAAACUACUAAACACAGUCCGGGCGUAAAAAAAGCCACUCACAUCUCUCUUUCUCCACUGCCCAAUCUUAUCAUUUGCCAUGCACGUACUCAUUGUUGGAGCUGGUGUGGGUGGGCUGAGUCUUGCGCAGGCUCUGCGUAAGCUGGACAUUUCGUUCGAGAUUUUUGAGCGGGACCCUAGUUCAGAUGCUAGGUUUCAGGGAUGGGCUAUUGCCAUGCAUUCUAUCGUGGAUGACCUCAUUUCCAUCUUCCCGGAUGAUUUACCGGAUCUCAAAGCUUCCACAAAUCAUCUGAUUCCAUUGGAGCUUCCAGCUCAGUUGAGUAUGUACAUGGCUGGAAGAGAUGACCGAUGGGGGUUUCAAGACUCGCCUGACUUUCCGUUGAUAAGAGCUGAGCGUCACCGCCUGCGAAACUGGCUGAUGACCAACAUCCCUGUUCAAUGGGGCAAACGAGUCAAGGCCAUUCAGCAUGAUGACAGAGGAGCCUCAGUGCAGUUCGAAGACGGCAGCUCAGCGCAGGGCGAUUUGAUUGUUGCCACAGACGGCAUCAACAGCGUGGUGAGGGAGCAGCUCCUCCACAAGCCAGCGAAUCAGCUACUCAAUGUCGUGCCUCUCGCCACAAUCGUCGGUCACCUCCAGCUUUCCGGUGAAGCGUUCAAGCAUCAAUUGACUCUUGGGCACAGUGGCUACAUGCUCAUCCGACCUGACCUGGGCUUCAUUGGUUUCGGUGGACUACACUAUGUCCACCCUGACGGCCUGUCCGCAAACUAUUACUGGAACUUCCUGGAGACCGAUCAAGACGUAGGCAAGCCUGAUCACUGGCUCCAAAAAGCCACUCAGCAAGAAAAACUCGAUCACGUGAUCAAACGCGUCCAGAAGCUCGCACCCAAGUUCCGCGAGAUCUUCGAAAUGACCAAGCCUGAGCAUAUUCAAGGCGAGACGCGUGUAUGGCGUGAUCUGGAACUAGAUCCUUCCAUUGUGCCGGAAUGCCGUGUCAUUCUCGUGGGCGAUGCAGCGCACGCUAUGGUUCCGUUUCGUGGGGAAGGCGGUUAUCAUACCCUAGUAGAUACACUUGUGUUGAGCAAAGUACUAGGUCAGAUGGCACAGAGUGGCGAUUAUAAAGAUAUCGCGCGUGUCAGGAGCACCAUGGGAGAUUUCACUCGAGCGAUGUUGAAACGUGCUGGGCAAGCAGUUCGCGAUUCGCGUAAUUUACAUGCUGAUGCACAGCGGUUUGGGCCUGAUGGAAAGCCUUUGACAUUGAAGAUAGUGCCGUUGCCUGAUACAGAGAUCAGAUUGGGUACAAACGCUCCUUGAGUGUAGAUAUAAUGAGAGAUGGCAUUAGGCUCUAUGUGAUAUUCGGAGGGAUACCGUCUAGUGUCUUGUUUGUAACAGUACCUAGGUAGCCUACGAACGCAUGUGUACACGGCACCCA